AUGGAAGAAUCUGAAGAACUCCGAGGUCUCGUGAAAGGCGUCAGCGUGUUCUGGGAACCUUGGUUCGGUAACUGUAGAUUAUUGGAGGUUCUUAGGUCAUCGAAUUUGAAUAUACAUGUUUCUGCAACCGAGCUUUUCGUUUAUGAGCCUUUCGCUGACCCCGAAGAACACCCAGAACUUUGCGUCCAGAAAAAUAUCACAUCCCUUCAUAUCCUACAGGAGUAUUACCCCUCUCUUUCAGAAGGGCUUUUGAACAACGGCGAAAGAAACAUGAUUUACGAUCUCUGUGCAGUUCCAGAGCAUUUGGAGAGCGUAUCUAUCGCUGGCAAACGAGGUUGGGCGGAGUUUGGUGAUGAGUUUAGGCCUCUUGGAAAUGGUCCAGAUGGGAGAAUGGAGAAGACUCUGGGUCUCACUUGCCUCUCAUUGACCAACAGCAGUGCACCCAGCGACGACUUGUACGAGCUUCUCACCUGGCCCAAAGCAUUAAAGUCUUUUCAUUUCGAGAUUGAUCGUCUUGACACAGAUGGAUCGGAAUACAGGUACCACAAUAGCGAGGCGGAUAAAUUCAUGCUUCUUGAGUUUCAGAUGGCUCUCUACGAUACACAUUCCGACACACUCGAAGAGCUUUUCGUCUUUGGGGAAGAUUGUAUCCUCAUUUACAACAUUGAAGAUUUUACCGAAGUUAGCUGUUACCCUGGACAAACAUUGGACCUGCACAAUUUUCCACGGCUUAAACGACUUGGACUUCCUGUGACGUGGUUGUCUUCUCCCAAAAGCCUUCUCAGAUAUCAUUCAGGCGACGAGAUACACCCACUGCAUAUGUCCCAGAUACUUCCUCCGAACCUUGAAGAACUUCAGAUUGGAUUUUCAGGCGGUCGACUCAAUGAGUACAUUGAUGACAUCUUUCCGUUCGCUAAGCCACCGAAAGUCCCUACAGUUUCGCAUGUGAAAACCGUGUAUUUUCCAAUGCCUGGUGAACUAAUCCAGGUUCUCAAAGGGGUUUGCCAAGGGCGGGCACGCUAUCCGAAGUUGAGAGAGGUGGUUUUAUGGCAUGUUUGUCCACUGGUCGAUGAGUGCUGCGACUUGAGUGAUGUUGAAUACUGGCCGCAGCUAGUAAGGUUCUACCGGGCUUCAAAGAUCAAGUUGUACUCCGUCUGUAACAACGAACCACCAUUGUUCAGUGGGUGA